AAAUUUUGUAAAAUAUUUUAAACAUCGCUCUUGCUUAUCAUCAGUAUCACAAUAAUUACGAUUUACCACAGUAUAAUGUGAUUGAGUUUCAUACAGAUAUAAAGCUAAAUAGUUUAAAAGGUUUAUAAUUCGUAUAUAAUCAUGGAUGACGUUUUAGACGAAGUUGUUUCAUCAGAAGACUUGGAAAAAUUCGAGAAAGUUUUCCAUGAGCAGUUACAUCAAAGAAAUGUUACACAUAAAGCACAAUUUGAGUACGCUUGGUGUCUUGUCCGAAGCAAAUAUGCCACCGAUAUAAGGAAGGGAAUACUUCUCCUAAAAGAAUUAUUCAACUCUCAUGCAGAGGGCAAAAGGGACUAUCUAUUCUACCUUGCUAUUGGCAAUGCACGGAUCAAGGAAUACAAUAAGGCUCUGCAUUAUAUCAAGAGAUUCCUGGAGAUUGAACCCACCAACCAGCAAGUAUUGGCAUUAGAGCGUCAGAUAAACAAGCGUAUGGAGACGGAGGGUCUGGUGGGAAUGGCGGUGGCGGGAGGAGCCGUGCUGGCCCUGGGAGGACUCGUGGGCCUCGGCAUCGCCCUCGCCUCCAGGAAAUAACAUCUGGCCUUCCUUGUGAACGCGUUGUUCGGCGUUCACUUCCUUCUCACUAAGAAGGGGCCGAGGCGUGACUAGCGCUCACAGCUCUCGACGCCACGAACUUGUUUCCACGUUUAGUUUGUAUUCACAGUUAUAAACAUGUAUCGAAGGCUUUAGAUGUGAUAUAUUUAUUUAAUAAAUUAUAUUAAGUCGCCAGCUGUGGUGUGCAUAUUUCUAGCAUCUGUAUUUUGUUACUUACUUGUAUGUUACUAAAACAUUCAAAUGUUUUCCUUUUAGACCAAAUAAAUAUUUUUAUUAUUUUUUUAUUUUGCAAAAUUAUUUGAAUUAUUUCUUUUGUUUGUAUAAUGUAGGGUAAGGAUAUAUUUUUGUUUAAGUGAGCUGUUUUCAUUGUGAGACAUGAAACGUCAACUUCAACAGUAUUUCCAAGCACAAAGGGACGUGUCCAGAGAGUGCGGACACGAUACAAAGCUAACAAUACUAUUUCAUGUCGGACCAUAGAUUAGUUAUAUAUAAUAAAAUGUAUUUUGAGAAAUACAAACAACAAUAUUGAAACAA